AUGACGGGCCGCGGGCGUGCAGGGAACCCCGUUCCGAAACUCCCUAGACCAGAUGCCACCCUCGACAUUCGCCCAGUCCCUAGAGAACGGCACUUUGACGUUCGGUCUGUCGGUCCAGGCGCUUCCCCUGAUAUCCAUCAGACUGUCCGAUCCAUCGACGAGUUAGAGGAAGACCUCGUCGUGCCCAAUUAUGGUGGUCAACGCUGCCAUUCGGAAGAGUCGCAGGAUCAAGCUGUCCGCGAGUUUCUUGGCUUUAUCAUAUCCGAGGGUCUUACCGAUCACCGCAACCAAGACGAAUUCACACCCGAAAUCACCUGGGGAUUUUGUAUCUUUGUCACAAGCUACUCGAAAGAGGCUCAGAGGAACCUCGACUCAGCCGUGAUGAUGCUGGUCAAGAUCGUGGACCGCUACUUUCGCGAGAACACCAGCCCUGAGUUUGCUAUGUUUGGGCGGGAAGCUUUCAAGAGAUUCAAGUUGGAUUUGUUUGAGAAUAAAGAGCUCCUCGAAGGUGCCUCGGAUGAUCGUGUGAGAGAAGAGUUCAACGCGUAUGUAAGGAGCUUACAUCUCUGGGAAGACGACUACGACCCAGAUGCGCACCGCGCUCGAUACUACCACGACAAUCUCAACAGACCCCCCGGAAGCAGUCGUCUCAAGUUUUGCAUAGUCUUGGACGAAGCAAAGAUCAGCGAGUUGGCAGCCUUCAAAUUCCCCAUCAACCCCAAGGAGGACGAUCGAGCACUUCGCAAGACCAGCGUCAAGAUCAUAUGCCGUAGCUGGAAUUACCCAGACGAGCCAAAUUGCGAGACGGGCUACUUUGAUGGGUCGAACCGCAAGUUCUUCUCGGGUAUUGAUCAACUGCCGCUUAACCGUCUCAUAGAGGUGUAUGAGAAAUUGUCUCACUGGCAUGUUGAUGAGAUGUUUCCUAUGUUCAGGUUUUUAGAUAUAUGA